AUGGAAUACCAACAACCUUGUGUACCAACGAACGUCUGCCACUUUCCCGUAUACACGAUGCACGAUCAGCAGUCUAUGUACACACAUCCUGUAUGGCCGGGAGUUUCGGAGUUCCACUAUGGCUAUGAGCAGCACACCCUUACUGCGCCAGUAGGCAACACCUCCACGCAAAAUCCAGUCACAUCUCCAGGCCAGAUCGCAUCGACUGAACAGGUUGUCGUGAACAGCCCAAACAGGUUGGUGGAAAAACGACAGAAGCAACCCUUGGCAUAUUGCAACGGUAUUGCCGUUGAUUGUGGGCGAUCCAAAUCCCCAGCGAUAAGAUUCGAUUUCGAAGGACACUUGGAGUGUGCAGAACGACGUCGUGGCUCCGCAGCUGAGGAUGAAUCCCUGACGCCGACACAGCGUAGACGGAGAGCACAAAAUCUGGCUGCCCAACGAGCAUAUCGUAAUCGCAGACGUCAACGAGAGGAAGAACUAGAAGCGCAACUAUCAGCUUCGAAAGUGCGCAACGACUCUUUGGAGUCAGAUAUCAAGAGGCUAAAGCGCGAGCUGCUCCUGGCGCAAGAUGAAAACAAAAUCCUACGAAGCAUCGUUCAAACUCAGCCACCGAGCAAUGCGCUACCAUAA